UUUCUUUCUUUUUGUUUGAUGCUCAAUGUAGCGGUCGUGUUAGAACCCGCCUUAGCUGCAGUGCCUUGCAGCAAUGGUGCUUGAAGACGGCUUAGAUUGGAACAUCCCCAGUUCUAUAUUGUAACCAGUAUAUAGCCGUGUAAAAAUGCCAAGUGUUCUGGAAUUCGAUUUUUGCAAAAUUCUUCAGAAAUUUUUAUGCGUCUUUCUGAUUCUGCUAUGCACCACUGUACGUCAGCUCGACGUCACAGGCGAUGCAUCACAUAUCAUUAGUCUUAAAAAUGUGGCAUCCUGCCCAGCAACAGCGGAAGAAUGGAAAAAACAAGCAAAGAUAUGGAAUUGCGAGUCCAUUAUAACCACAGUGAAUAUUACAUUGAAGUAUCAUUGUCUCCUAAACCAUUGGAGGAACGAAACAUUAGAAUUUUGUGGAGAGGAAAAACCCAUCAUCGGUCACUACUGCCCGGAAUUCAAUCAAAGAGGUAACAGGAUUCAAGAAAGCUUGGAAAAAAAAUGCAUCGACUCUAAGCCUUCCUGUCCUUUUAAAUUUAUUUCCUCUGAUGUGUUAAACUAUCCCGAUUGCCUUAAACUACAAGUAAUGAUUGAUAAUAACGAUGUUAAUAUGGACUCAGGUGACAUCUAUAGGAAUCUGAAAAUUGCAGUUCCAAUUAUUGUCUUUCUUGUCAUCCUUAUUAUAUGUGCAUUAGUCUGUUUUUGUUAUAAACAAAAACGAAACAACAAUGAAGAAUCAAGGUCGACCACAGAGGUAGAGAAUUCUCUUUUAUAACGCAAAAGAUGAGAACAUAGAAAGAAUUUGAGCAAGAUCGACGACCUGUCUUUAGGAUAUAGCCUUUUCAUACUAAUGAAAAACAUCUACAUUCCCCCUAUAUAUUAUAAAAUAUGGGUUAUAUUUUUUUGAAAAAGAUCAAUGAUUUUGAAAAAAAAUUAAGCACGAUGAAAGAUUACGUUGGCCCUUUUUAAAAUUUAGUUUGAUUUUACGCGCAUUGAUGAAAAGUUUUCCGGUCAUUUUUUUCUUUGAUACGUCGAUCAAUAGAACAAUGAUUAUCUUCAUUUCUUAAAACAAAUCUCUAAAAUCAAAACAAAUCGCACAUUGAUGAAUUUUUCCGGAUAAUUUUAUCUUUGAUACGUCUUUCAAUAGAAAAAUUAUUAUCUUCAUUUCUUAUCAUUUAAUUAAACAUUUUCAAAUAAAAAAAUGUGAAGUGCCAUGUGAUUGAUCAAAAAUGUAAAUAAUGUAAAUGAAGCAACGGGUAUGAAUACAAAACAAGAACAGCAACAAUAUUCAAAAUGGAUGGGCUUUCAGCUGAUGCAGAGCUAUUGAGCUAAACUUGAUGGAUUAAACACUAAUUGUGAGUUAAAAUCUGAACCGGCUAAAUUGAAAACAAAUGGAAAAUACAUGCGAUAGCUUGUGAUAUUAAUCUGCCGCUUGGAAUGCGCUGAAGGAGUUGAUGCAUUACUCAUAGCUUUGCUUUCCGAUGCUUAUUCUGAUGACCGAUCAUUUACUUGUGAAAAUUUAAAAAUCGUCGUUACCAAAUUUGAACAGCAGUGUUACCGUGAAAGUUUAUGGGCCUAUAUGUUCGUUAUAAUUAUUCUGAAAAAGGAACAGCCAGCCUCGCAGUAAUGUUGAUUGAUCUCAAGCAAACGAAAUCCUGUGAGAAGACGCUUAGUUUUCUAUAUUGUGAAUAAAAUAAUGUGUAUUGUUUAUUUUUGAAGGUUAAACUUUCAGGUUUUUAUUUUUUUAAAGUUAUAUUUUGUUUGCUGACAAUAAAUUAAAACAGACACAACUU